UUCUAUUAUGGAACCAUCUACAAUGUCCUCUGCUAUUCAGUCAUCAAUGACUUCUAUUAUGGAACCAUCUACAAUGUCCUCUGCUUUUCAGCCAUCGAUGACUUCUUCUAAUUUGGAACCAUCGACAAUGUCCUCUGCUAUUCAGCCAUCGAUGACUUUUUCGAUGAUGGAAUCAUCAACAAUUUCGUCAUCUAUUCAGUCAUCGAUGACUUCUAUUAUGGAAUCAUUGACAAUGUCCUCUGCUAUUCAGUCAUCAAUGACUUUUCUCCAAUCAUUCAUUAUGUCUUCUGAUCAAUCAUUAGUACACAGUUCCACUCAAUCAACAAUGUCUUCUUCAAUUGAUCAAACAUUUACGACACAGUCACCUAUUCAGUCAACCAUACAAGAUCUUCUCCAAUCAACAUCAUCAACAACAAUAUUAAGCUCUGUGAUGACAGCAUCAUCUUCUAUUUCAUCCUCACCGUUUUUGGCUCCGACGAGUUCGUCAUCGUUUGACAUGUCUACCACCACGACAAACGUAGUGACAUCAACAUCAGCGACAGUAACAGUUGAUCCACCAACCCUAACAUUGUCCCCACAAGUAGUGGCCACCCGAGAUUCCUCUAUAAACGGGACAACCUUGGAGCCUGUCAUGAGAUGUCAAUUUCCGCCACCGGCAGAUGGCUCCUUACUUUACAACAUACAGUGGUACAUAAAUGACAACUCCUUGACUAACGCAAUAUUUACAAAAAUAGAAUACAACAGUUUGAACAUCAGCGCGGCACUGAGACCUGCACACUGGACAGGGACUUACAGAAUGAACAUGAACGUGAGUUGUAGCGUCAGCGCCCAGUAUUCUAACAGUGUACCUGGUUCAACGUUUACUAGCCUCAAGUUCUUUGCUGGUGUGAAGGUAAAUCAGACAAAUGUAGAUGUAAAUGAAGGUCAGACGGUAUCCAUAGAGGUGACGAGCACACUUCCGGUUGGUUGUAGUGCCUCGUUAUCCGAGACUGAGAAGGAAGCGAAUUGUAAGGGGACUUUGUACAUCCGGACCACAGAGUACUGGCCGUGGUGCUGGAACGGAAUUAAAUAUCUAUCGGCAGCAUUUCCGGACAAUGGAUGUCAGCUACAUUUCUCAUACAAAUAUUGGUACGAAACUGUGCAGCUAAACAUAACAGGAUACAUGGAUGGAAUGCGAAACUGGUGGUACAAAAUGACGGAUAUAAAGCUAGAACCUGGUUCUGACAGCAACCACAUCGGGUGGGGGAACAUGCAGUUUGAGGAUACCAUUUCUGUUCGAGUCCACGAUAAAGACACGAGUGGGGGAGGUAUAUGUAGCUCAUAUAACGACCCUCACAUGCAGACAUUUGACGGAAUCUACUGGGAGAAUCAGCGAGUGGGAGAGUUCGUUAUGUACAGACACAAGUCUAAACCCUUCUCGGUCCACGCCUUAUUUUCUGCCUGCGUCCCUGGAUUUGCCACCUGUAACUGUGGAGUAGCCGUUAAGAGCGGGAAUUCCCUGUACGUCGUCAGAACCUGUACCAGAGUGUCCGCCAGUCGGGUCCAACUCCUUAGUGUCCCGUAUGAGCUCAUGGAAGGAUGCGACCCCGACGCCAUUGCUGUGCAGAAAACCGGAAGUAGAUACCGGGUUACUCUUCCUAAUGGUGUAGAGGUGACCUUCGCCCUGAGUGGUUGGGAUAACUGGAUAUCGUACGUCCAGAUUGUGGCGCCCUCUUCUGACUUUGAUCAAACAGAGGGACUGUGUGGUUCCUAUAACGGGGAAAGGUCUGAUGAUUUCAUUCCUAAAGGGCAACGAAGUCCUGUAGCUGAUGAGAGAACAUUUGCCGUGUCUUGGAGAGUGGCCCAAGGUUCUUCGGACAGUCUCUUCAUUAACAGUCCAACAUUGAGCAGCUAUUCGGCACCAUCCACCCCUUCCACCACGCCUACUUCCUUCUAUUGCACAUGCUCCUCCUACCAAUCUGCCAAUCAAAACCCUGGUUACGCCCACUGUCAACUGGAGUCUCCAACGGAACCUUGUUCGGAGUCUAAGAGUCAAACUGUUAGUGUUUGUACACAGAGUAGGAGAAAGAGGAGUACUUCUGGUACAGAUGACAUCAUAGAUACACCAAGCUUCUCUUACGACUCCGACUACGAUCAGGAACUACAGGUGGCUACGUGGCGGAAUGGUUGGAAUGAGACGGCUGCCACGGACUACUGCAGUAACGCGUUCACGAACGACCCGGCGGUCACAGUCUGUAUAGAGAAGGUCAACACGAGUGUGGCGGAAUACACAAACAGCUGUAUCACGGAUAUCAAGCUCCAAGGCGACACUGACUUCUUGAAGGCAACGUUAGAUACUCUUAAGAAGAAGUGCAUAACGACAGCGUCACGUGAUGAAAGUUUCCAGCAGACGAAUACAACAUCCAAUGGCGUCAGUGUCUUAGACACUCUUUCCAGUAUGACAUGUCCAAACAACUGCUCAGGGCAUGGGACGUGUGCAAACGAAACCUGCAGCUGCGAUGCCAGUCACAUUGGCGAGGAUUGUUCACACGGCUUGACGACUCCCCCCGCAGAAAUCAGCGUCCCCAGUCACGGGUUGUGUGACACGAGAUACCGGCCUUGUCUGACCCAGAACAUCGUGGGUGUAUUCCAUCAAGCACCCUAUGUUCUGGCUCAACAUUUUAAAGCAACGGAAAGUGGAAAAGAGUACAGUAACUACAGUGUAAUGGCGAACGUAACGUUACGUCAGCUAAACCUGCUGACCGUUACCAUACCAACCUAUCCCACGUCGUCAAGGAGACGACGCUCUACGGACGGGUCCAUACAUGGCUGGGAUUUAAGUUUCAGUUACGACAAUUCUACCUUCAGCAACUCUACUUCCGUCGUUGUGUACAAUGGCGCAUCCGAGUCAUGCGAUUACACAACCUAUACAUGUACCAAGUUCACAUCAGUUCAGGAUGAGCCAGGCGACAGUUCGAUAGCUGGGGCGGCAGCAGGUGGCGCUGUCGGCUUUGUGGUUGUCAUGGUGAUCGUGGGUGUAAUAUUCUAUUUCAAAUGUUUCAAAAACAAAAGACCAUCAUCAGCUAAGGUCGGCAGCAGUGACAGAGAAAUGUUAACCUUGAAACAAGACGAGGAGAGUCCUCCCCGGCCCCCAACCGUCAACUCGUGGGUGUUAGAUAGGAAGAAAUAGUGAAAGACGGACAAAAAAGGAACCACCAAAGACAUAUAUAGGAGAUAACUUUUCUUUAAUAGAAACACCUAGAGAUUUAUGAAAAAAUAGCUCAGAAACGAUAAAAAAGUAUAGCAAAGGAUAUAUGUUUAAAAAAUAGCUAAAUAUUGAUAAAAAAGAAAUAUAAAGAGGUAGAUGUUCAAAUUAGAUCUAAAGAUCGGUUUAAAGAAAUCGAUUGGAUAAAAUACCUUAGACAUAAGUAGAGAUAAAUUUGAAAGAAACAGCUAGAUUAUAAAAAAUAUUUAGGAUUUUUAAAAAUGUUUGAGAUGGAUAUGAAACUACAAUGAACUUGAACAAGACAUGUUCUUUAACUAUACCUGCUGAAAUUAUAUAGUGUUAUUCUGUCCCUAUCUUUCCAACGAAUGUACUUUAAAAUGAUUUUUCUAGAAUGUUCAAUAUUUUUUAUUUAAAUAUCAGUGUUUUCUUUGAGGUUCAAUAAGGAAAAUAUGUUUUGAAUUUCCUUUCAAAAUCUGUUUGUUUUUGACUUGGAAAUUCAGGGACCGAAUUAUGCAUGAGGAAAAACUGUGUGUGAAUUUUGAAUCUUGAAAAGAGUCUUUCUAUAAAAUUUUGUCUGUGCUUUUUUUUGCAAUGUGUUUGAAAGGUUUGGAAUUAGUGUUAUAGCGUAUGUUUUAUUUUCAAGCAUCUACAUCACUUCAAUUUGAAACAAAUGCAAAUCUUGUAAA